GCCGUGACGACAACCACGGACUCGGGACGCACUCGCAACCCUACAACCCAGAGCGACAAUGGCGGAAACACCCAGACCACAAGAUCGAGAGGCACCGACACCUCGGCACCCAGCGGGUCCUCCACGGCUUCGGCGACAGCAUCAGCAACCCCUGACCCUGCAGCCUCAUCCGGUGUGAACGGUACAUACAUUGCAAUCGGCGUCGUCGUCGCCGUGGUCUUCAUCAUGGCCGGCAUCUGGGGUUUCCGUCGAUGCUACCUCCGCCCCUCGGCUGCCUUCAGGGCUCGCAAACGAGGCGACAGCGCCGCGGUUCCCUUCGACGGCCCUCUCCCUGUUAUCGCCAACGACGCCUAUCCAAACGAGGUCAGCAGCCGCCAGAGCCCUCUGCCUGGCUUUGGCAGCUUCCGCGGAAGCGCCUACGGCUCGCAGCACUCCCAAGGCAGCAACGGAUCCAACCCGCAUGUGGUGCGUGGCUUCACUCCCCAGCCCCAAGCGGGCUAUCCUCAAGGCGGCUACUCUCAGGGCAGCUACCCCCGAGAUGGCUAUCCUCAGGGCGGCUAUCCUCAGGGCGGCUAUCCCCAAGGCGGCUAUGCCCAGGGCACCUAUCCUCCGGGGUACAACAACCAGGGCCACAGCCGAGGCUACUAACCCAGACAGCUAGCCCAACGCUACCUACAUACGGCUUGGAUGGUGGGCAUCAUCCGGGUCUGAUGCCAUGCCCACCUUCCUUGUCCGGCUCGGUCGGGCCAUGGGCUCGCCUCUACUAUUUCGUCUCCUCCUCUCCUCAUGACUAUUUCGUUUCAAGCAUUCUUCUGAUAGUAUUUUACUGCCAGCCAUCACAUUUCUCUACCUUCCCGGCUCUUCCUCGUGUCCACCACCACCGCCACCACGGUCAGCUUGUGAACUCUCCUUUGCCGCAUUCACCAAUUCAACGGGCUCGACUUUUGUCAAUGUCACUAUCUCCCUUGCACCGCUGUUCGCUUUCAUCGCCUCGCUUCAGCAGCCGCCCCAACAACGAUCGGCGUCAACAAUGCUCCGCUAUAUAGCACAGCCCAGGCCAUCAAUGACGACCUUCAAACCAUCUCAAAAAGUAGCGCCAUACCAAAAAUUCUAUAUUUCGUCAGGAUGCCACUUCUCCUGCGUCCUUUCCGUUCCGCUCCCCGCCUCUUAACCCCCCCCCUCACCUUCAACUCCUUAUCUUCACUCUUUCUACAAGAUAUCAACUGCAUUUGAUCCACAUUGACCGUAUUUAUGUUUGUGUCGUUCAUUAUUCUUAUCCUUUCUUUCUCCUCUUCUUCUGGGACAUCUCAGCUUCAAACCCACAACCCCGCCUGUGGCUACACUCCCUCCUACACUUCAAUAGAGGCUUCUUUCAGAAUCA